CACAACCCCUCUUCCCAUCCUUGUCUUCACGUGACAGCGUUUCUUAUUUACAGACAUAUUGGCCCCACAUUAUCUGUACACUUUUCGCCGUGGGCAAAACAUUCAUAACACGGGGACAAAGAGCUGAACGUAUGUGUUAUUUUUAGCGGAGGCGGAGCGCGGAUGCUUGACGGCCUGGAUGCGAGUGUGUCAAACAGCAGGUGGAGACUGACUGCUGGAGGAAACCGAACCGACCACAAUGUAAAGCGCGUUUAAUGAGGACGAGAUAAAAUAUCAGUGACCCGAUCAGCUCUGAAUGCGUGGGACGUGAUAUUGCAAACCAUGGUGGACCCACUGGAACCUGACGACCAGAGUAAAUUCAGAGGGCCUCAGAUUGAAACCCCCGCUGCAGCCUCUGAAGCCCCUUGUCUACCUGAGCCAGGUGAUGAUAGAGAGAAUAAUGUUAGUGUGGAUCCCUGCCCACAAACAGAGCUCAAUACUGAGUCCGUACUGAGCUGUCAGGAGCCAUGCCAGCCACAAACCAGUCAACCAGAAGAGCUAAAACUGCAUUUGGACCUUUACAAUUUUGAUUCGCCAGCUGCAGAAGGCAGCCGGUAUGUACUAACAAGCCCUCGCUCACUUGAGGCAUGUGCACGUUGUGGAGUGAAACCGGUAGAGCUUCUGUCACGACCACUGUCGGAUUUUGCCCGUGAGGCUCCAGGCCGCAGCAUGCGCGUCGCCACAGGAAUGUUUGAGAUAUAUGAAAGAGAUAGACACGCUAAACUUCGUCACUGCAGAGAAGAGAGAGAACGGAUUAUCAGAGAGGAGAAGAGACGGAUUUUGCAGGCUGCUCUGAACAAUAAUAGUAGUCCACUGGCUUCAGAGAAGUCACCGCAAACUGUAAAUGAUGAAUUGUCUCAGGAGAACAAUAACAGUUUAACUAAUUCUAUCCCAGUCCCAAAACAGUCAAUUGCUUGCAUUGGUGUACCCAAAAAGCAAGCAGCAACACCUAAAAGCACAACACAAGGAUCGGGAAAGUUGUCCACAAACGUGUCCACCUCCAGCUCUCCUCCUGUCACUAAAGCUAGUCCACUUAACUCUGCUAAUACUGUUAAAGUAACUUCAGCAAAAAAGUCUAAAUCCUUUGAAGCAGAAUCUGAGAGAAAACCUCAAGGACCAAAGCCUUUAGCAAUCCAAAAGCCAUUGCAUUCAGCUUCAGCAGGUCAAGGUCCAAAGAAAGUCUCCAGUACUCCAACAAAAACUGCAAAUACUUUCCCCAGAUCAGUACCUAAACCAUCUUCUUUUCCAAGGACACCAACCUCACUUGCUCCAAUAGUGUCAAAAUCUGCUAUCCAGAGUCCAGCCAAUGACAUCAAAAGUUCAUUUGCACAACACAACGGACACGCUAUUUCCAAAUCAAAGGUUAGAUGCAGAAGCCACUCUUUGGAGUCUUUGCAAAGGAGGCGUGAAGCAUUUUGCUCCUCUACUGCUUCAACCACUAACACCACAACUACCACUUGUACCUCAUCAGAAUCCGCGUCUUCGUCCUAUAGCUGGGAAGGGACAAGAGAUCACUGGGCUAAGACAUCAAGCCCUCGUGCCCGCACUUUAGCUACCUUUAACUCACUGAUGGGUCGCAGUCUGAGCUUGGGAGACCUUAGUCACUCUCCACAGACAACGCAAAAAGUGGAACGCAUUGUAAAGGAGGUAAAACGCAGGGGACUUAAAGCUGUCCCAGAACGUGACCGAAAGAUUGCUGCAUUGAUGCUAGCCAGGUACCAAGAGGAGGACAUUAUGAGCCAGACACGCUACGUAGCACACCUGCAAUGGGACAGUGAACGGCGACUAGAGGAGCUGCGUCGAGAACGUGAAGAACGGGAGAAACAGAGAGCUGUGCAACAGUGUCAGCGCGCAUGGCAGUCACAAGUUUCUACCCGGCAGCGCUGGCUUAAUCAGCAGGAGCGAGUGGCUGCAGAAGCGAAACUUCGUCAAGUGGUGGAAAGUGAGGAACGUUGGCGCGAGCUGGCUGAGCAACAAGAGCGCAGCAGACUGCAGAAACUGCAACAAGCAGCUCGUGAGGAGAGACACAAGAAAGCGCUACAAGAACAGAACCUCAAAGCUCUGGAGGAAGAGCGAGCAGCCAUACUUGAGCAGGAGAAGCUUCUUCUGAAGGAGAAACUGACCAUUGCUGAGCUGAAGCGGCAGGAGCGGGAGCACCAAAGUCAAGAGGAGCGUCGCGGACUCAACCGCGCUGAGAAGAGGCGGCAUGCAGCUCUCAUCCAAGAGAUUGCGCGACGUGAAGCGGACGAACGGGAAGAAGCAAGGAGGUCCGCAGAAGAGAAGCUGAGCAGGUCUCUGGAGAACUACGAACAGAUACAGGAACGCCGUGGGCAAGAGAUAAAGGAGAAGGCUAAGCGAGAAGAGAAGCAGAUCCAGAAGGCACGACGGGCCGCUGAGCUACGUGAACAGCAGCAGAAGGAACAGACAGAGGCAAAGGCUCGUGAGGCCCAAAAACGAGCACAGCAAGCAAUACAAAUAGCUGAAGAACGGGCACGGGAGAAGGCCCAGCGUGCAGUGCUGAGCAGGCAGGAAAAGGAACGACUUCAAAGACUUAACCGUCAACGUGUAGAGGAGGAGGAGAAACAGCGGCGGUUAGAAUUGUUGCAGUCCAUAGAGCGCAAACUGGAAAAAAGCGAACAGAUUUUCAGAGAAAAGCGUGCAGUGUUGGAAAGCGCCAGAUCGGUGGCACGUGCCUCUUUCCACGUGCGAGACCGUGUUCGGGAAGAAACUAAUAUGCGCACAUUUGACAAGAUGGCCCUGGAAGCACAGUUAAAAGCAAGUUUGGUUGAGAAGUGAGCCCUUCAGCUGUGCAUCUUUUGCUUUCUAAAUGCACAUGUGUUUAGAAGUAAGCUGUGCUUGAGCCUACAUACUAGUCUCAUCACUAAACUACAACAAAAUUGAUGGACUUGCCCUCACCAACUUCAUAUAUUUAUUUCUUUACUCAUGAUGCUGCAUCAUUUUUAUCAUGACAUUUAAAGAAAUAUUUUUAUGUAUUUGUAUUAUUUAAAAGUUAAUCAAAGAACUUUCUAUGAUGUUUGGAUGGUCAAAUGUUGGACAUGUUCGUUUUUUUGCAACUUGGCUGGCUUGUUGCAUUGAGAACUGUACAUAAAGAGGUCAUUGUUUACAAGCAAGCUUGGCAUUAUGACAACAGUGAUGGCUUUAUUUCUUAGAGGACAUAAAGAAGGAAAGGGGACGGAAAUCUUUUAUAAGAGUAAAUUAUUUUUAUGGAGACUCUAGUUUAAGGAAUUUAUGCUGCAGUAGGGUCAUCACUGACAUAAACUCUAGUGAAAUGCCGACAAAGCAUUACAGCCUAGAGUAAGGACAUGUCAACAAAUGAUCUCAGCACAGUGUAACUGCUGAUGAAGCACAGAAGUCUUUGGUCAGCAACAGAACCGAAUCAGUUCUCAAAAUCACAAUGACGUCCCCUGCAUUCCUUCAGGAUUGGGAGUGAAGAAGAUGUUGACAUCCGAGGGCUGAUUUAGUUAAAUAAUUCCUCGGAGGCUGCAAGAGACAUUUCACUUUAAUCACAAGCCCUUAUUUCCUUUGUGACAAUGACUCAGCUAAGCAUGACGUACUUUGACGUGUUAAUAAACACUGAAGCCAUUUUACCAGCACCAUAUCCAAAAACCUACCAACACUACAUAGAACAGCAUUAAACCCCUCAAAAAGUCUAUAUUACAGGUUAAAUUUAAUAUGCUUUUAAAUGAAUUAAACAGUGGUGCUGAUUACUCAUUAUGGAGAAGUCCUAUACAUGUGAAGAUUUCAUAUUCCAAUGUUAUAUAGAUUGACAACAGAGGCUUAAUGUAAACUUGUGAAUCAUUACAAGACUUAAAUCUCCCAACGUGACAGAGUAGCUACAGGUUUAUAACAUUUCAAUUUGUUAAAAUUUACAAGAUUAACCUCACUUGUAAAGGUCUUAUGCAAUGUUUCUGCAUAUUGAUUUUAGCUGUAAAAGUUGCCAGCCAUGUUAUGACGAUGAUUGUAGCAUUCAAAAUAAGAAUAUAAAAGGGUAUCUUAUCAAUUUAAAUUUUUGGCUUAGUAACUCUCUUUGUAAGUUACUGUAUGAUUAUUAUUAAAUACUGUUUUCUGUAA